GAUAUCAUGAGCCGUGCCUGAUGAGCGCCAGGAUGACGAGCCCCGAGCCGACGGACGGCAGCCGCUCGGGUUCACCCGCGUCGCCCGUGCCCUCGGCCGAGGGCGCAAACCACAAGCCCCGACUUUCGUUCAGCAUCAGCCGACUCCUGGGCGACGACAGCGAACGACGGCCCGACGGCGGCCUGCUCGGGCCUUCGCCGCCGUCGGCCGCCGAGAUGCCCGCGCUCGUGGCGGCCGCGCAGCUCAGCCCGCUGCACCUGGGCGCCAACGGGACGGUGAUCCGCGUGCCCGCGCACCGACCGGCGCCCCUGGGAGCCGCGUUCCCGUCCUUUCCCUGGAUUGGACCCGCGCAUCCGGCCGUCAAAGACCGCCUCCAAGUGCCAUUCGGGCUGCCGAGCGCAAUGCCUCCCGUGCCACCCCGGAGGAUCGGCCACCCGUACCAGAAUCGGACGCCGCCGAAGCGGAAAAAGCCGCGCACAUCGUUCACGCGCAUGCAGAUAUGUGAGCUCGAGAAGCGCUUUCACAAGCAGAAGUACCUGGCCAGUGCCGAAAGGGCAGCUCUUGCCAAACAGCUCAAGAUGACCGACGCCCAAGUCAAAACGUGGUUCCAGAAUCGAAGGACCAAGUGGAGACGCCAGACGGCGGAGGAGCGCGAGGCGGAGCGACACGCGGCUAACCGGCUCAUGAUGUCUCUUCAGGCCGAGGUGGUUAGCAAGUCCAUCUACGAGGGCGCCCGGGACUCGUUGUGCAUGAGCAACGCCUCGCUUCAUGCCCUCCAGUCACUGCAGCCCUGGGCCUCGGAGGCAGCCGCGGCAAACGCGCUUCACGCGAGCGCGGCCGCGGAGCGCAGUCAGGCGGCUGCCGCGUACCUAGCGCAGCCGCCAUCACUCACCUCGCCCCUCUGCUGAUGGGCCGCCGACCAAGCUCUGAUCUCGGACUACGGGCAUUAAGCGUUGAAGCCACAUCGACGCGCCUCUGGGGGAAAAAAUGUGUUCGCAUCACGUGGAGCCAGGAACGCAUCGUAUGGUGGAUCAGUGAUUGCAUUUGCAAUGGAUUCUCAAGUGGACUGCCCUAAGGCUUCGUUGUGACGGCGACUGCGUUAAGGCGGGGAGGUCAUAGCUGUGCUGGUCACACUGACGGACUGAAUACUGCGUUGGUUCCCCAUGUAAGCGGCCCACCCAGCUGGCUGCUAUUGCAGUGCGCGUGUAUAGAGACGUGCAGUGGACGCGAUCGUACAUGUGCUCUCGGUGUGUGCAAGCUGUUUAGUAACGUGUGGGGACGAGUGUCACGUGGCCACACAAUGUGCAUAUCUCGGAACUUCACCGUACUGACGCACUUUAGCGAUGCGAAUAGCUUAACGUGAGCUUCUCCGAACGUUCACUUGAUCGAGACCACAGCUCACUUGCAUCGCUUAGGAAAUAUUAGGCGUUUAGGAUAGAUAUCUUAAUGUAAGGUAUUUUUUUCGAUACAGCACGUUGAUGAGUCAGGUGCAUAUGAUUGCAAGCUUUAAGUUAAUGAAAGCUGCCGUUAUUUUUUUCGCGCAUUCAUCCAAUAAAUGCAGCUUUUCUGAUUUCAUUGUCCUCAUUCUCAAGAGUACAGCAACCUUGUAGCUCGAAAACAUGCCUGUAGAAGUUGAUAUUGUAGCAGCAACAUCAUGUGGUUGACAACGAGGACCCGUGAAGUGUUUAGAUGCGUCUACACUAAAUGUUAUAUGAGGAACAUAAACAAUUCCAAAUGCAUUAUGUGCGCUACAGAGCGCAAAGACAGAGAGCAGGAUAGCGCGCCAGGACAGCAGUGCACAAUGAGAAAAAGAAACCCGAGCAGAGUGAAGCCGGUUAAACGUGUUCUGUGCAGGUAUGAGUGAAGUGCCCAUAGCGUGACCUCCCCGUGGGCCUGCAUGGCCGUCGCCAGCAGCUGUGUAUAGAAAGACGGCGUGAGCGCUGCACACUCAUUGAAAGUGCCAUGACAGCGACGCGAGGUGUGCAAAGAACUGUUUACUAGUCCUCUACGAACACUCUCCGGGCCCGAAAUCAUACAGCACCCGACGUCGCGAAACCCCUUGCAAGUUGAAACCAGUGUCUUCCGCGUCAUGGGACUCUCUGGUGGUGACGACCGUGUUGCCACGCACUCAACACGUGUAAAGCGUUCUCUUGUUUCUUUAUCAGCAUUAUCAUUGUUCCUGUACCGCUGUGUGGCUCUCGGUUUGUUUUUGCGGACGUGACCAUGGUGGCCUCUUCCCUCCCAAGGAAAAGAAAGAAAACAACCCCCAACCGACUCUCUUUCCUGCCAUUUUUUUUCUUUUUGUGCAUUUGGCCUGUUCUUCCAUAACUUCAUUUUUAUCGGCGGCCAGCCACCACAGGCAACCGCUGCCGUGCGCGUUGGAGCCAAAGAAAUGCCAUAGGUGACGCCGAAGCAGCAAAAAAAGCGAUAUGCUCGGGAGUGCGUCCCCCUAAAAGCCGUGUUUUUGUUAUCAACCUCUCUGCCCAAGGAGCAGACCAUAUUGACUCCGGCGUCGGGAGAUGAACGCUUCGCCGCGUCUAAAAGAUUUCAAGCCGCGCAGCAAUGCGUAUUGCCGAAUGGCUUCGGUGAUGCGGCAACAGUCGCGCGUCAUUUGUUGUUGGUAUUGUUUUACUCGUCUGGGCGUACCAUGACUGCCUCUAUCUCGGACAGCGUUUACAGAGGCUCCCACGAAGCCAACGAGUCUGGUAGAAUGCACUGUUGAAAGGUUCGCCGCAAGCGACUGUAGCCUGUUAUGUACAUUAUAUCCCUCUUCUAGGCCGUGCUCUACCAUAUUAAGUGUGAAAAAAGCUGGUUAAUAAAAUAGGCAAUGAUUUUUUUAUUGAUUAUAAAGAUUAUAGGAGAACGAAAUAAUUUGGCAUCAGGGCACGAAAGAGCUGCUGAUGUAUGCGACAAGGUUGCAUCAAUGUUGUCGGAAAUGUUCAACAAGAACACGAAAGAGGUUAUUCACAGUUACAUUUAAAUAAUUUGCAGAUAUGAAUGACCGAGUUGAAUAACAUAGGUAUCCCGAAACGCUUUCUUUUCUAGGCGUUGACUUGCUCUGAAGGAAUUCGGGUCCACAAUGAAAGAAAACUAUUAUGCACGGCUCUCAUAAGGUCUAGAACGUUGUCAUGUAUUAUAUUUGUAAUAUUUGCAUCAUAAUAAACUCAUUCUGUACACAUGA